AAUAUCCUCUGCAUUUGAUUCCCGUCACAGAGCGGUUAUACAAUCUGUGCCCUCACUUGAGCCUGCCAGAAUUAAACCUUACCAUGUUCUGCUUUUACGGACUGCUUCACAACGAGCUGCCAGAAUGAUGAAAACAACAUUUCCAACCAGGAAAACGAAGGACUUCAAUCUCUUGCUAAUAAAUCAUGUGUGAAAGGAAGCCACAGCGAGAAAAUGGCUUCUCACAAGUCAAAGCAUGUCACCAAGAUAAAUGCUACAAAGGCAGCAGAGGAAGUCAGUCCAGUGGAUGAAUAUGUCACACCUGGGGGCUAUGAGCUGGAGAAAAUCCUAAACCAUGGGAGUGUGGCUUACACCCAUGUCAACGAGGUCUGGCCUAAUGUCUACAUCGGGGAUGAGCAGACUGCAAAGGACAAGUAUAAUCUGAAGGAAUUGGGGAUUACGCAUGUCUUGAAUGCAGCAGAGGGGACGUGGAACAACGUGGACACCGGAGCUGGUUACUACACUGACAUGGACGUCGUCUACUAUGGCGUGGUAGCAGAAGACGUCACAACAUUUAACCUUAGCCAGUAUUUCUUCUCUGCUGCUCGGUUUAUAGAGGAAACAUUGAGCAAACCUCAGAAUAAACUGCUGGUGCACUGUGUGAUGGGAAGGAGUCGGUCUGCCACACUUUUCCUCGCUUACCUCAUGAUCUGUGAAAACAUGACGGUGGUCGACGCCAUCCAGCACGUGAAGAAACGCAGGAGGAUCAUCCCCAACUGGGGCUUCCUGAAACAGCUGAGAGAGCUGGACAUGCAGCUCCUGGAGAAAAGGAAAGAGGGUACAGAGAAGAGCUGAUUGUAGGACUCGUGGGGCAAGUUAGGGCUCAUGAGAACCUCAGGUCAAUGGAGAAGAGUUUAAGUCAGGUUUCAAGUAAUUUCACGAGCAAGUCUAAGUCAAUUCAUUGGGGAUAUCUCUUUAUAAGUAUAUCACAGCAAAUCCAAAUUAAGUUCUUGUCUACUGGUUUGAAAUCUCAUAAAGUUAUGUCGCAAGUCCAAAUACCCAAAUUGCAAGUCAAGAUGCAAGAUUUCAGGUCUCUUAAUGCCGUCCAUAAAAAUAACCGCAUUUGAACAUUUUUAAAGUUUUAGUUUACCAAUGUCUUUUAAUGCAGCAACCUAAUGAGUAGUCAGUGAGUGGGCAUGCAAAGCCUGCUUGUUGUCCCAUUAGUUUCUUUUUUUUUGUACUUUUCCUGAAUAUUACCAAUUGUAAGAUGUAAAUGUUUCCUUUGAAAUUUCAUCUGGACAGGUUUUUAGAGGGUGAUAUCUCAAGUAAAUAAAGUCUCAGACCAGUCAAGUCCAA